GAUAACAUACAGAGUUGAAGAAAGGUCUGCAGGAACCAAGGCCUUGGGGAUUACAGAACAGGAUAUCACUCCAUUAGAACCCACUCUCAUCUCUGCUUGGCUUCAUUCUAUUUUAUUGCAAUCAGGCUUUUGCCAAAAGAUCAAAGAUGUCUGUCUGCAACCCUCCAGUCUCAUGUUCUUCUGGUACCAUGACCCCAGGAGGCAAGACCACUUCUCCUCCUAAAUUGGGAGAUUAAUUUGGAUCAAUCAUUGUGCCCAGAGAAAGGAGUCUGUUGCAUCUGCAGACAUGGAUUUCAACCAGCUGGAGGCAUUCUUGACUGCUCAAACCAAAAAGCAAGGCGGGAUCACAUCUGACCAAGCUGCUGUCAUUUCCAAAUUCUGGAAGAGCCAUAAGACAAAAAUCCGAGAGAGCCUCAUGAACCAGAGCCGCUGGGACAGUGGGCUUCGGGGCUUGAGCUGGAGAGUUGAUGGCAAAUCGCAGUCAAGACACUCAGCUCAAAUGCACGCUCCUGUUGCCAUAAUGGAGCUGGAAAUAGGGAAAAGUGGACAGGAAUCUGAAUUUCUGUGUUUGGAGUUUGAUGAGGUCAAGGUCACCCAAGUCCUGAAGAAGCUCUCGGAGGUAGAAGAAAGUAUCAGCACACUGAUGCAGCCAGCCUAGCUGAAGAUGGAGCUGUUGAGGCAAAGGUGUUCAUGAUCCCUCCCCAGGGAUCUGCUUUUUUUAAAAAAAAAUCUUAUUCCCCCAAUAGUAUUAAAUCCUCAAGUUCAAA